AUGGCUUCUGUCACUUUCUUCUCGCGGUUCGUGGCUAUCAUGUUGUUGGUUGUCAGAAUUGUCUAUUGUGACGUGGUUGGGCAUGGCAAGCAUGAGCUGGUCAACGGGAAGAUUGUAAAGCUGCGGGGAAACACAAAGAUGGCUGAGAAACCUGAGGAUCUUGAACUUUACAAAAGUCAACCUGGUUCUUGUGAUGUUGAAAUGGACAGGGACGGAAAUAUAACUAUCUGGUACCUCAAACAUUCCAAAACAACGAAGGAAGGAUGCUCGAUUGAUUUUGCUGUUCCAGAUCCUGCCGUCAUAAAAAACAAAUAUGAUUUGAAUAUGGAUUUUGGUAUCCAACACAGCAAGGAGCUGACCGAUUGCUUGAUGGAUGUUCCAUUCGAUAAAGAGGAUACCUUCAAUUACUCAGCCAUUGCUUCAAAUCUGUUGCCCUUCUCUUUCAGUCUGAGGAAUGGAGAAUUUGAUGGAGUCAAAAAGGGAUAUGUUGAAAGGCACAAAAAGUAUUGCGGGGAUGUAUCGAAAUGCUAUAAUAAAGGAGGCAAAUGCUUGGAAGUUGCUGAUUAUACUGUAGGAUGGGCUAGGACUUUAAAGUAUAUCCGAAGCAUAAUCUAUCCAAGUGAGGAAUUUUAUUUUUUGGUAUUUUUAUUUCAGUGAAGGCGGGCACUCAACGCUUAACAGUCGUCUUUGUCGAGUAAAUACAUAUUUAUUUUUUAGUUGGUGAAACUGAGUUGGAAUUAGUUGAAGCGUCAUGUAGUCCUAUAACGGAGCAUAAGCAUGAGACAGAAAUUCAUUAUUACUUUGAUGGAAUG